AGCGCGCUCGCAUCCACACAGAAAGAACUAAAUACACAGAUACACGACGGUGGAGCCCGUGGCGUGCAGUCUAAAGGGGACCCGUAACCUUGGAUGAGGGGAAUAGAAAGUGUGUGUGCACGCUUGAAAGUGUGUGUGGCAAUGAGAGAGUGGGUGGGUGCAGAAAAGGAAGUGGCGGAGAAGAAGGUAGAAGUGAGGACGAAAACGACAGAAAGCAACAGAUGAGAGAAAAGGAAGGAGAGAGGAGCGGCAGAAGAGAAGAGGAGGAGGAAGGAGGAGAAAGAAAGACGGCAGACGAACAGAACCAGGUGAGGAAGACAGCCCCACGUUCAGCAUGUUUUCGUGAUCAUCAGCGAGUUCUGAAGCACACAAACACCAUCAUGAGUAUGUCAGCAGUUCGAUCAACCUCUUCUCCUGUGGAGGAUCCGGCCACGCCUCCUAUGACCACACCUCCUCUCAAAGCCUCCGUCCGCCUGCAGGAGAGGCGGGGCUCUAACCUGUCUCUGCUAUUGGAUGUCAGCACCCUAGGGGUGGAGCCUGUUUGUUCUGUCUCCACCCCUAAAGAGGUGUGGCUUCAGCUGCUCCACACCUCCUCCCGACCGCUCGCACACGCCACCCUGCAGCAGGCCGCCAUGGACACACACACGCUGAACGCCGAGUACCAGAAAAUCCCUCCAAACUUUGUGAGUGCCGCCGAGCUCGACGUUCCUGGUCACAUGAUCAAAGACCGAUAUAAAACCAUCCUGCCCAACCCUGAGAGCCGGGUGAUCCUGAGGAGCCCAGAGGAGGAGGCGGGGCCGGACCGCUACAUCAACGCCAACUACAUCAGGGGAUAUAAAGGAGCCUCCAGGGCCUACAUCGCCACCCAGGGGCCGAUGCUGCACACUGUCGGGGACUUCUGGGACAUGGUGUGGCAGGAGAGGAGCAGCAUCAUCGUCAUGGUUACCAGACUCAAAGAGAACAACGAGGUGAGGAGGUCCGCUUCUCUGUUCUCUCUCGUCUGGGUCACAGUUGUCCUCAAAGCUUUGUUUCUUCUCACGAUUCAGAAAUGCGAGCUAUACUGGCCGCAGGUGAAGGAGAGGAGGAGGCUGAAGGAGGAGAAUGAAGAUGAUGAAGAGAAGGAGCACAGAGAAAAAGAGGAGGAGGAGGAGGAGGAGGAGAUGGGUCGAUUUGGGAGAUUCCUCCUCAGAGUGACAGACAGCCGAGAGAAAGACGGGUUCACUGUCACUGACAUGGAGAUCCAGCUGUGUGCAGAGCGUCGGCAUGUCAGACACUACUGGUUCACCUCUUGGCCUGACCACCACAUCCCACAAUGCACCACUCUCUUGCUGAGGCUGGUGGAGGAGGUGGAGACAUACAGAAAAUCCCUCCUUUCUAUCCCUUGCUCUCAGCCAAUCACAGAUGACUUCCCUGGCCCUGGACCAAUCAUCGUCCACUGCAGUGCAGGUAUCGGGAGGACGGGCUGUUUUAUCGUCAGCAGCAUCGGCUGUCAGCAGCUCAGAGACACGGGUCAGGUUGACAUCCUGGAGACUGUGUGUCAGCUCCGACUCGACAGGGGUGGUAUGAUCCAGACCACAGAGCAGUACCAGUUCCUGUACUCCACACUGGCCCAGUACAGCUCGCAGCUCCAGCACAAACAGGAGCAGAACCAGAACCAGCAUGUCACAAAGCCCCAGCAGAAUCCAGAGGAACCGGUCAGCCUACAGCUGCAGAACCUCCAGCUGGACGACACGCAGAGAGGAAAGAACUGACCAAGGCGAAGAGCAUCACCAAAGAAAUCCAGGAGACCUCAGAACCAGCAGAAUAUACGACAAAAUUCACAGAACAGGAAGACUGAAACAAAGGGGCCUAAUGACAACAAACAGACACCAGCAGCCACUGACAGAUGGACCAGUUUGUGAGAAGACCUGAACCGGAACUACUGAAGAGACCAAGGACACAAAGCAGAACGUGCUAACUUAUGGGGGAAUUAAACCAGAGGACGCUUUUGGCACGUUUGCUAAAAAAAGAACAAUAAAUUCAGCUUGAAUGUUUUAAAAGAUUGUAUCAGCUGACCAUAAAAGAUCUGCAGACUGGUCAGUAAUCAGGAAAAAUGAGUUUUGGUGUUUAGGUUUUAAUUUUAAAGAUGUGCUAAAGGACAUUAAAACUGCUAUCAUUAUG